GAGUGUGCAGUCUAAACAGCUGAUCGCCGGCACUUUGAAUAUUUGGCACGGUUAUUGUAAAUUUUGUUAAAUCAAUAAAUUCGCCGCUGCCUAGGUGAUAAUUUAAUAGGUGCUGAAACACCUUACGUGUUGGCAUUCAACUGACACGCAAGUUAUUCAAUCCUAAUGCCAACACUUGAGCACACCCACUACGACGAUGGCAAACUUUUUGGAGCAAUUGCCAAAGCAUUUGCAGCAGAUUGCUGAGCGUGUCAAUGUGCUCACUCCAGAGGCUAUACUCUGCACUCCAAAGAUUCAGUUUCUGGACACGCGCACUCGUUCCUUAGAUUCUUGUGUGCCCAGCUGCUGUCCGAAUGAUGUGCGCAUUUUGAAAGAGGCUGCGGCAAAGUGGCUGGCCGAAACUCCCGUUUCAGCGGAUUCGCUCUUUAAACCGUUGGUCAAUUUGAAGUGGAGCCGUUUGACCUUUGGCUGCGCGGCACUGGAUCGCUGUACAGGCGGUGGCAUUGUUACGCGUGGCAUAACGGAAAUAUGUGGCGCAUCCGGCGUAGGCAAGAGUCAACUGCUGUUGCAACUAGCGCUGUGUGUGCAACUGCCACGAACGCUGGGCGGAUUGGGCAAGGGCGUAGCAUAUAUAUGCACAGAGGAUGUGUUUCCAUCACGACGUCUAAUGCAAAUCACAAAAGCUUUUGAGGCGCGGUAUCCAGAGGAACAGAUCAACUAUCUAGGAAAUAUAUUUAUUGAGCAUCAAUACGAAAGCGAACCGUUGCUCAACUGUGUGUGCAAUCGCUUGCAAGAGCUGCUGCAGGAGCACAGCAUAGGACUGAUCAUCAUUGACUCGGUGGCAGCCGUCUUUAGACUCUACACCAACUUUGAGCAGCGAGCACGUGACAUGCGUCGCUUGGCCAAUGCGCUGCUCAGCUAUGGCGACAAAUACAACUGUGCAGUGGUGUGUGUUAACCAAAUGACUGCCAGCAGCGAGACCAAGGGGGCAGAGCUGCAGGAAGUGCCUUGCUUAGGCUAUCAAUGGGCAAAUCUAGGGCGCACGCGUAUGCGCAUCUCGCGUGUGCCUAAGCAGAUCAAGCAGGCGGAACAGCUGCUAACGGUGCGCAAGCUGGAGAUCAUCUACUCACCCGAGACGCCCAAUGAAUUUGCAGAGUUUCUUAUAACCGCAGAGGGCGUGGUCGAUAUACCUGUUGCUAAUUUAAGAAAAUCUACGCGCUUUUAAUUUGUUGAAUUGUUUAUUGGAUUUAAAAUACGCUUCAGCGUUUGCUGUUUGUUGUUCUGUUGUUUGUUAAUUAAGUUUGCAUUGAUUUUUUGUACAAUUAUUCAC